ACGUUACAUUUUAUGCAAAAAAGAAAACCUUUUGAAACGCUUUACAUACCAACCCCCUUCAAAAAUCUCCCUCCUCCCCCCUUUUGUGAGAAAAAACCCUAAUCGCCAUGAGCGAAGUUGAUCGGAUUUCUAUCUACGACGCUCUAGGAGGCGGCGCAGUUGCGGAUACAUUGCUAUGGAGGAAAUGCUACGGAGGAGUUGUGAUCUUAAUUGGUUCAACAGUCGUGUGGCUCCUGUUUGAAAGAGCAGGAUAUAACUUCUUAGCAAUAUUCUCCAAUUCUCUACUCCUUUUGGUUGUUAUCCUCUUUUUCUGGGCAAAAUCUGCGUCUCUUCUUAAUAGACCUCUGCCCCCAAUCCCUAACCUGGACAUAUCAGAAGAAUCGGCUCUCCUAGCUGCUGAUGAGAUACGAUUGCGGAUUAAUACAGUUUUAUCAACCUUGCAUGAAAUUGCAGUUGAUGGAAACUUGAGAACUAUAAUUUUGGUUGCUUUCGGUUUGUGGUUGAUUUCCUUUAUUGGUAGUUUGUUUAACUUUCUUACACUGAUAUACAUUGGGGUCCUUCUUACUUUCUCAGUCCCUAUCCUAUAUGAAACAUUCCAGGCUCAAGUAGAUGAAAAGUUGAUAAUUGUACACAAGAACAUGAGUGGGGUAUUGAAGAAAGCUGAUCUCAUCUUACAAAAAGUUCCAGUUUCUCAAAGGAAAGAAAAGAAGGCUGAAUAAUAGAAUGAAGGUAAGCAUACAACCUUAGUAUGUGGAAGAAUUGACAGACAUAUCACAUAUGGAAUCAUGAAAAAAGAUGACACUUUGUUUUUGCAAAUCUUUGAUUUGUCAAGUUUAUGCUAAUCAUGGCUUCUUAUUAUAAUAGGAUGGAAGCUUUAGAGUUAGUUUUGGGAAUUACUUGUGUGGGCAUGUACUUUUGGUUAUAUUCUGCUAUAGAUUGGAGAGAACUUUUAAUGA